ACCACGGGCUAAACUCAGCUCAAGGAGACCUUGAAAGCUGAAUGCGCGUCAUCCAUCUUUAUACAUCUCGCGCCUAUGCCACAGGAGCGUUAGCUGAAUUUAAACGAUCAGCUCCCAGGAUCUUCAUGCAGUAGAGUGGCAUUCUCCCCCACAAUUUCCAAGGUCCUGUGGCUUUCGAGAGCCACCUCACCACCCACAGCCUCCGUCGAUUACAUCUGUAACUAGAUCUCCAGUUUGCUGAACAAAAUCACAAUGUCUCGUUCACGACAACCCCCCCUUGUGACAGGCAUCUCUCCAAAUGAAGGAAUACCAUGGACCAAGGUUACAAUUAGAGGAGAAAACCUGGGGACUGGUCCAACCGACCUCAUAGGCUUGACAAUUUGUGGACAUAAUUGCCUCUUGACAGCAGAAUGGAUGUCUGCAAGUAAAAUCGUAUGUCGAGUGGGACAAGCCAAAAAUGACAAAGGAGACAUAAUUGUCACAACCAAGUCCGGUGGCAAAGGAACCUCAACAGUAUCUUUCAAGCUACUCAAACCUGAAAAAAUAGGUAUUUUGGACCAGUCUGCUGUGUGGGUUGAUGAGAUGAAUUAUUAUGAUAUGCGUACUGACAAGAAUAAAGGAAUUCCUCCCUUGUCCUUACGUCCUGCUAAUCCACUUGGCAUUGAGAUUGAAAAAAGUAAAUUUCCCCAGAAGGACUUGGAAAUGCUCUUUCCUGGAAUGAGUGCCGAUUUCACAAGUGAGAACUUUUCAGCUGCCUGGUAUCUUAUAGAGAACCACUCAACCACCAGUUUUGAACAGCUCAAAAUGGCAGUCACCAACCUGAAGAGACAGGCUAACAAAAAGAGUGAAGGCAGCCUGGCGUGUGUAAAAGGGGGUCUUAGUACUUUCUUUGAAGCCCAGGAUGCGCUCUCAGCCAUCCAUCAAAAGUUAGAAGCAGAUGGAACGGAAAAAGUAGAAGGCUCCAUGACCCAAAAACUGGAGAAUGUUCUGAACCGGGCAAGUAAUACUGCAGACACAUUAUUUCAAGAAGUAUUAGGUCGGAAGGACAAGGCAGAUUCUACUAGAAAUGCCCUCAAUGUGCUCCAGCGAUUUAAGUUUCUUUUCAACCUUCCUCUAAAUAUUGAAAGGAAUAUUCAAAAGGGUGAUUAUGAUGUGGUUAUUAAUGAUUAUGAAAAGGCCAAGUCACUCUUUGGGAAAACGGAGGUGCAAGUUUUCAAGAAAUAUUAUGCUGAAGUAGAAACACGGAUUGAAGCUUUAAGAGAAUUACUUCUGGACAAAUUGCUUGAGACACCAUCAACCUUACAUGACCAAAAACGGUAUAUAAGGUACCUGUCUGAUCUUCAUGCACCUGGUGACCCUGCUUGGCAGUGUAUUGGAGCUCAACACAGAUGGAUCCUUCAGCUUAUGCACAGCUGCAAAGAAGGCUAUAUACAAGAUCUGAAAGGUACUCCAGGCCUGCACAGUCCCAUGGUGGAUCCGGAUAAUGAUGUACCUCCCUCAAUGUUGGGCCAUCUUAGUCAGACAGCAUCACUGAAGAGGGGCAGCAGCUUCCAGUCUGGUCGAACUGACACAUGGAGAUACAAAUGUCCCCACCGGGUAGCAUUUGUUGAAAAAUUGACCAAGCUUGUUUUAAGUCAGCUGCCUAACUUCUGGAAACUUUGGAUUUCAUAUGUUAAUGGAAGCCUUUUCAGUGAGACUGCUGAGAAGUCAAGCCACAUUGAAAGAUCAAAGAAUGUAAGGCAAAGACAAAAUGAUUUUAAGAAAAUGAUUCAGGAGAUAAUGCAUUGCCUUGUGAAGCUGAUCCGUGGAGCGCUGCUUCCGCUCAGCAUCCCAGAGGGUGGAAUGAGGCAGUAUGGAGGCUGGGAGGUGAAGUCUGAGCUGGAUGGACAAUGGCUUGCUCAUGUCAUCCAGACUGCAAGGCUUACUUAUGAAUCAUUGACUGCCCUUGAAAUUCCUAAUGACAUGUUACAGACUAUUCAGGAUCUCAUUUUGGAUCUUCGAGUACAUUGUGUGAUGGUCACAUUGCAACAUACAGCAGAAGAAGUAAAGAGAUUAGCUGGAAAGGAAGACUGGAUUGUCGGUAAUGAAGGCCUGACUUCUCUACCAUAUCAGUUUGAACAGUGCAUUGUACAUUCUCUGCAAUCACUUAAAGGAGUCCUAGACUGCAAGCCCGGAGAAGCCAGUGUAUUUCAACAACCUAAAACACAGGAGGAAGUUUGCCAACUAAGCAUCAAUAUCAUGCAGAUUUUUAUAUAUUGUCUGGAACAAUUGAGCAUUAAGCCUGAUGGAGAUGGAGAUACUACACAUCUUUCUAUUGAUGUUUCUUCUCCUGAUUUGUUUGGAAGUAUUCAUGAAGACUUCAGUUUGACUUCUGAACAGCAACUUUUGAUAGUCCUAAGUAAUUGCUGCUACCUAGAACGUCACACCUUCCUAAAUAUAGCAGAACAUUUUGAAAAGCACAACUUCCAGGGGAUAGAAAAAAUAACACAGGUUAGCAUGACUUUAUUGAAAGAUUUAGACCACAGGCUGUUUGAAAAUUACAUUGAAUUGAAAGCAGAUCCCAUCGUUGGCUCCUUAGAACCUGGAAUUUAUGCAGGCUAUUUUGAUUGGAAAGACUGCCUGCCUCCAACAGGUGUUAGAAACUAUUUGAAAGAAGCAUUGGUGAAUAUAAUUGCAGUACAUGCAGAGGUAUUCACUAUUUCCAAGGAAUUGGUGCCUCGGGUCCUGACCAAGGUGGUGGAAGCAGUUUCUGAAGAGCUCAGUCGACUCAUGCAGUGUGUUUCCUCCUUCAGCAAAAAUGGAGCAUUACAGGCAAGGCUUGAAAUCUGUGCUUUGAGGGAUACUGUGGCUGUUCACCUGACUCCUGAAAGCAAGUCUAGUUUUAAACAGGCUUUGGAAGCCCUUCCUCAGCUUUCCAGUGGAGCAGAUAAAAAGUUACUGGAAGAGCUGCUGAACAAGUUCAAGAGUAGCAUGCACUUACAGCUCACCUGCUUCCAAGCCACUUCUUCAACCAUGACGAAGACAUAAGUACUUCUAAAUUAGGGCAACCCAAAAAUAACAAGUCAGUACGUUGCCUGUCCCCGAAGAUCCCCCUCUGUUACAUGUGGUGGAACUUGGAUAUCCCAGGGGUGUUGUUUGGAACAACUGCAGUCUUCAUUCACUGUCUCCUAAGAAUAACCCAGACCGUGGGGACAGCGCUCUUUACUCCUUCCCCUCUGGCAGUUUCCUUUCUCACCACUUCUUACCCUUUGAAGUGUCUUGCUCAGUAGCUAAGAGAAAGCUGCUCUGGCUGAGUCUGUGUUUUCUGAAGAUGCGAAGAUGCCCCUCGGCCACUAAGAAAAUUGAGUAAUUCUCUAUUUGUAGUCUGGGUGUCAGGGUUUUAAACUUUUUCUAUGGGUUUCAGAGAAUGUCCUUUCUUUAAUGCUGAAAUUACUAUCUAUUAAUAUAACUAAUUUUAGAGUACAGUAUAGCUAUAUACAGUACCCAUUAUUUGAAAUAAGUCAUUGUUGUCUGUUCAUUUGAUGUAUGGUGGGAAAUCAUAGUAACUGGAAGUUACUCCUUUAUAAAUGUGCUUGACAAAGCUUAUUAAGAAAUAUACAAAAUAUUAUCUCUUAAGCAUGUUAACCAUUGUAGCUAACAUGACUAUGAAUUAAAUUUUACAACUGCAAUUCUGAAUAUCUGUUAUUUUAAAUAUUUAGUAUAGAGCAUUCAGCCAAUAAACACUGUGUCUUCGAUAGAUGUAAUUUAGUUGACAUUUUUCCCUAAGUCUUUAUGUCUACAUAUUUAUUAUCUAUAUAACUUCUUAUAGGUCUAUUUAACACUCACAAUAAAUACUUAAAUUUCAA